AUGGAGCAGAUUGUGAACAUUUUGAAGGAGUUGCCUACACUGACCGAAGGAGUCAUCUCUUCCACUACUGCGACUACGACGGCUGGCGAGGAUUCAGAAGGCGGAUCGAAUUCGGACGGAAGUGGGAAGAAAAGGAGAAGAAAACAACAAGGAGAGGUCCGUUUAUGCGGCGAUAUGUACGAGCAAUGGCCGACACUCGAGUUUUCGGACCUCAACUCGAGUAUUCUUGACUUGUUUACCAAAGCCACCUCUCAAUCCGUCGCCUCUUCAUUAUUGUACGAAUUAACGAGAUCAGAUGCAGAUGAGAAUGGCGGAUCGAUUCGAUUAAAUAACGAGGAACAUCUGAAAUGGUGUAUGCAAGUACUCAAUCACUCAUUGACACUCUCAUUCUCUACGAGUCGAGAAUAUGAGACACUUAAAGGCGCCGUCCGUAUCUAUCUCCACUGGUUGCGUGCUCUCUGUGACACCCCUGACAACAACAUUCCCACUCCACUCCUCGCCACUCCAGAGAAAUAUUUCCGUAACAUAAUCGACGCCCUCCGAUGGGUAUACUGUAGACGUGACGAUGAUUUGGAUUACACUCUGACAGGUGCACAGGUGCCACGUGGAUUGGCAAUAGAGAGACAAUCGAUUGAAAUAGAAAUGAUAUUGGAUUCAUUGAAGUAUCUGACAAGGAAUUCCAGUAGAAAAUAUCAAGAUGAAGUGUGGGCGAGAACGAUUAGUUUCCUAUUGAAUAGUUCUGAUAUUCUGUUAUCCGAACCGAAUGCAACUGAAGAAAUGGGCACACGGACAUGUGUUCGAGUGGCUGAUACUCUAUUUGAUAUGUGGUUGAAUGCAGUUAUUAAUGAACAUAUCCCAUCACUCACUUAUUGGAGUUCACUGGCUACGUUGGCUAGGCGGUGGAGGCAUAAUGUUCCCAUAAUCGAAUGUUGGGCGAAAAAAAUCCUGGGAUUGUCAGUGUUGGUGUGUCGAAAAAUGUAUGGAGACGACUAUUUGAAGAUUGAAAUUACCGACGAGAGUGUGAUUCCCUUCGAAAACGUGCCAAUCACAGCCGAUGAAGAUGAGAAUGAAGUGCAUCUGCUCUAUCGGACAUGGUUUAAUAUGCUAUGUCUCUUCGAUUCACCCGCCAAAAUAUUGAAUCAUGAUGCGACGAGAAAUUUGUGUUUGAAUGGCAACGCGCCCCGCCGUACAACUUCCAGCAUAUCUAUGUCAAACUUCGAGAUUGCCACGUCAUCAGCUGCUCAAGGUGUCUCAUUCUUCUUGGCUGCUGUCACUUUACAGAGAAUGAUCGAUUUGUUUUAUGGAGACUCGAGAACUCGAAUUGAUCUACGAAAUUAUCAAAUAACGGCUGACGGGAAGAUGACUGCUGGAAGUACGAGGACAGCGUCGAUUCUCACUGAUUCACAUAGUCAUCAUACUAAUCGUACCACCUCGACAGCCGGCGACUCAUCUCGAUAUGUCUCUCUGGGCGGUGCAGUUGGACAAAUCCUUGUCGAUGAUGCCCCACAAGGACCCAAUACGGUAUCAAUGUCAUCUGGAUCAACGGCGUCUGGAAAAGCAUCAACAGCCACUACGGGUGGCUCUUCAACUCACACGAUUUCAAGUGAUGUUCAAAGGAAUCAGAGGCUAAUGAGCACAAGUCAUCAAGCAUCGAAUCGUACUGUAUCUGUGACGGAAUCUGGAAAUAUUUCAAGUCAGAGUCGAUUCUCAGAGCAGACUUCCUCCACGUUGACCUAUAAAUCAGCUCCACCUCCACAUAUACCUGAAAAUGAGCAUCAAGGAGAGAGUAUCAGUCAGUUGGUGGCAAAUUCUACAGUAUCCGCACCAGUGAUGGUUGGAAAUGAUUCGACGUUGAAAGCUGGAGUCCAUCCGAAUGAAAUGAAGAGGGGAAUGGUAAACGGAAAUCAUGAUGCAAACUCACCGUAUCGAAAUGCUCAACGAUUUGUUACCAAUUUUUUGAUGGCCAAUCAAGCAACAAUGCCAUACGUUGGUGCAAAACGACCGAAAACCGAUCGAAUGUUGGAUUUGGUCGGUGACUGGCUGUUCUCGAUCGUGAAUUCGCCGGCGAGUAGUCCACGUGGAAAUGAUCAUUUCGGAGGAGGAGGAGGACAUCAUAAGAAGAAUAAUGAUGGAGUGUCGGAUGAGCUCGACGUCACGAUUACUCCGAUUGCUCCACCGAGGCGACGACGCCAGCAGGCGUUGUCGCUCAGUGAGCAACACCACCGGCUCAGCUAUGAUUUUAAGGUAUUCUCCUUUUCCCGUUUCUUCUCCAAUUCCUACACUUCAACAUCCCAAUUCAACUCCAGAUGUCAUAACCCAACAAUGCAACAUCAUCAUCACUACCCUCCUCGUCCAGUGACGCCUUCAUCCACACCAUCCCAACAACAACCAUUUUCAGUUCAACUCAAUGAAGUGGUCGCCAGGUUCACUUCGAAAUUAUUAUCUCUUAGAGAGCCCACCACUUCUUCAGUUUAUUCGCCUUCUGGACUUUCAUCUGGUCUACAAGAAGAUCUGAACCAUAGUAAGGAGAACUAG